GGAGGAAAUCUCUCUGGGAUUGAGGACUGAUACGUCAGGUUGCUUCUUACUCUCUAGAUCACGAAUCUGCAACAGAGUGUCUGUGACUCGGGUGCAUAGCAAACGAGGCAGAGAUCCACAACAUCAUCUGCUCCGAGAGUGAAAGCAUCACCCGCACGUCUCCCUAAGGUAGCCCCUGAGGAAAAUGGCAUUCGCUGGGAUGUUGAGUGAUGAGGACAUCAAUGCUGCAGUCCAAGCUUGUCAAGCUCCGGGCACAUUUGACUUCAAGUUGUUCUUCACACAAGUUGGACUGACUGGCUUGUCUGAGACAGACAGGAAAAAAGUGUUUACAGUCCUGGAUCAAGACAAGAGCGGAUUCAUUGAGGAGGAGGAGCUGAAAUUGUUCCUUCAGAACUUCUGCCCAGCUGCCAGGGAGCUGACAGUGGCCGAAACAAAGACGCUGAUGGCAGCAGGGGAUAAAGACAGUGAUGGCAAAAUUGGAAUAGACGAGUUCUGUGAUCUUUUAAACUGAAGAAAUAAAUUCACAAGACCAGAUCCCUGUGCUCCUUUUCUGAUUCCCAGUGGGAUUAUUUUCCCUCCACAAUGAAUAAUGGAAAAAAAAAUGUCCCUAAACUUCUGUACCUGCCUGCUUGUUUCCCAUUUGAUGUGUUAACACCUAGAAACAUUUAACAGACAAAGGGCCCAAACUGGAUAUGUGUGUUCAAAUCCAGCUGGUUCUCUGAAUGGAAUAAUAAAUGGAUUUCAGGUGUUAGA